GACGUCACAGAGCGCGGUGUUCAGGAGGACUGUUUAAAGCUGUGAGAGAAGGGAAUGCUGCACAGACAGUCACAAGAGACACUGCUUCGAGCUGCCCAGGAAUGAGAGCGUCCCACUGCUAGUGAGAGCUGCCGCCGCUCCGUUACACAAGAGGCUCGCUAGUACAGUCGUUUCUCCCUGAAACUGCAGAGAUGUUGCAUCCUCCUCUCCCCGACUACUCUUUGGUGACACUGUUGCUGCUGCUAGUAGGUGCUGGAGGGGGGACCGAAGCCGGGAAGCCGCAGAGAGACUGCCCGUCCAUUUGUCACUGCGAGGAGGAUGGCAUGCUCCUCCGAGUUGACUGCUCGGACCUUGGGCUCACGGCUCUGCCCGCAAACCUGAGCGUCUUCACAUCGUACCUUGAUCUCAGCAUGAACAACAUCACCCAACUGCCCACGAGUGCCCUUUUUAACCUCCACUUCCUAGAAGAGCUGCGUCUUGCAGGAAAUGACUUGACACACAUCCCCAAGGGAGCCUUCUCUGGCCUUUUCAAUCUUAAAGUUCUAAUGCUACAGAAUAAUCAGUUAAGACAGGUCCCUAGCGAAGCACUCCAGAACCUCCGUAAUCUCCAGUCUCUGCGUUUGGAUGCCAACCACAUCUACAGCGUGCCGCACAACAGCUUCUCUGGCUUGAGCUCCUUGCGGCACCUCUGGCUGGAUGACAACUCCCUGACGGAGGUCCCAGUGCAGGGUCUCAGCAGCCUGUCCUCCCUGCAGGCCAUGACGUUAGCCCUGAAUAAAAUAACACGCAUACCUGACGAUGCGUUUGCAAACCUUUCCAGUCUGGUUGUCUUACAUCUCCAUAACAAUAGAAUUCACUCCCUGGGAAAGAAAUGCUUUGAUGGGCUCCACAGCCUUGAGACUUUGGAUUUAAACUACAAUAAUCUGGAUGAAUUUCCAACUGCCAUCAAAGCCUUGAUAAAUCUUAAAGAACUUGGUUUUCAUAGCAACAACAUCAAGUCGAUCCCAGAAAGAGCUUUUAUGGAAAACCCUUCUCUUAUAACAAUAUUUUUCUACGACAAUCCCAUCCAGUUUGUUGGAAAAUCUGCUUUCCAGCACUUACCUGAACUGAGAACACUGUCACUAAACGGAGCCACAGAAAUCACUGAGUUUCCUGACCUCACAGGGACCAAGAGUCUGGAGAGCCUGACCCUGACUGGGGCGCGGAUAACCUCUCUUCCCAAAGAGAUGUGUGAGCAGUUACCGAGCCUUCAAGUUCUAGAUCUGUCUUACAACCUGAUACAGGACUUGCCCACUUUUAAUGGUUGUGAAAGGCUCCAGAAAAUUGACCUGCAUCACAACGAAAUCCAGGAAAUCCAAACCAGCACGUUUCAGCACCUGACUGCUCUGAGAUCGCUUGACCUGGCUUGGAACAAGUUAUGUGCAGUUCAUCCCAAUGCAUUCUCCCAUCUGCCUUCGUUAAUCAAGCUGGAUCUCUCAUCUAACCUCCUCUCCUCUCUCCCUGUCACUGGACUGCACGGAUUAACACACCUUAAAUUAGCAGGCAACGCAGACCUCCAGGAGCUAUUAUCUGCUGAAAACUUUCCAAAACUGAGGGUUAUGGAGAUGCCGUACGCGUUCCAGUGCUGUGCAUUCGUGUCCUGUGAAAACCACAACAAACUGUCCAAUCCUUGGGACAAAGACGAGAACCGCAGCACUGACCACUUUGUCAAGAAGGACAGCGGAAUUCUGCUCAGUCAAGAAGAUCAUGACUUUGAGGACUUCCUUCUUGACUUUGAAGAAGACCCAAAAGCUCACCACUCUGUCCAGUGCACCCCAGCACCAGGUCCAUUCCGGCCCUGUGAUCACCUGUUUGGCAGCUGGCUAAUUCGCACCGGAGUGUGGAUUAUAGUGGUGCUGUCACUUGUAUGCAAUGGUCUGGUGGCUGUAACCGUCUUUGUUUCACCAACCUACAUAUCUCCAGCUAAGCACCUCAUAGGGCUGCUUGCAGUUGUCAACAGCCUCAUGGGGUUUUCAAGUGGCGUCCUGGCUGUCGUCGAUACCUUAACCUUCGGCAGCUUUGCCAAAUACGGGGCGUGGUGGGAAAGCGGAAUUGGCUGCAGGAUCACAGGGUUCAUGUCAGUCUUCAGCUCUGAGACGUGCAUCUUCUUACUGACGACCGCUGCUCUGGAGCGUGGCCUGUCCAUAAAGUGCGCCAAAAGACUGGAGUCCAAGUCCACCAAGAACAACGUCAAGAUCGUUUCCGCUUUCUGCUUCAUCCUGGCGUUGGCCAUCACUGUCCUGCCCCUGCUCCACGUGGGCGAGUACGGGAUCUCCUCCCUGUGUCUGCCUUUGCCUUUCGGCGAGCCAUCCAGCUUGGGCUUCAUGGUGGCCCUGGUUCUGCUCAACUCGCUCUGCUAUUUCGUGAUGACCGUCACCUACACCAGGCUGUACUGCAACCUGGAGAAGGGCGAGCUGGACAACUUCUGGGACUGCUCCAUGAUCAAGCACGUCGCCUGGCUGCUCUUCGCAAACUGCAUCCUCUACUUCCCUGUCGCCUUCCUGUCCUUCUCCUCCCUGCUCAACCUGUCCUUCAUCAGCCCCGAAGUGAUCAAGUCCAUCCUCCUGGUCAUUGUCCCGCUUCCGGCCUGCCUGAACCCCUUGCUUUACAUGUUGUUCAACCCGCACUUCAAGGAGGACCUCGGCAUCCUGCUAAAGCAGACGCUGCUGUUAAAGAAAUCCAAGCAGAGCAGCUUGGUCUCCUUGAACUCGGAGGAUGCAGAGAAGCAGUCUUGCGACUCCACCCAGGCGCUGGUCACCUUCACGAGUUCGGAAAACCUGGGUGAUGGACCAGAGAGCAAGUCUGUCUCGUCUGCCUCCCAGAUUAUUGAAGCGUGCCACUCCCAAUCAGUGGCGUCUGUUCCCUGCCACUAGAAAAAAAACAAGAAUAUCCUGUAGCUAUCGUUGCUCUCUGACUUUAUCUUUGGGAUUAAAAACUCAUUGUAGGUUCCUUAAUAAAAUCUACGAAAACUGCCAAACCAUGCGUUCAGUAAGUUAAGAUGACGUAAAAGUCUUUUUGCAACAUUUUUACACCAGUUAACUUAGACCAGUGCUUCUCAGGUCUGCUUACCCAAGAUUAUGAACCGUUACACCCCGGUCCUCAAUACCCAUUUUGAAUUGACUUUGCUCUCCCGUGAACAAAAGACAGAACUCACAGAAUAUUGGACAUUAGCUAAUACGUGGCAAUUAUUCUGUGUAGCUGCAAUGCAAAUAAAAGGGCCUGGAGGUUGAAACACAAGCGUGGGCUUGUAAGGCGGUCCUCGGAGGCCUGCUGCUGAGAAGAGGGCUGAGCGUUGUGGACUAAUUACCAACAGGGCAUCAUUGCUGCCUGCCUGCCUGCCUGCCUGCCUGCCUGCCUGUCUGUCUGCUCAGAACUACAGAGGCUCAGCUGUGUAUGCCAGACAUGGGCUUGUAUCUUUGUGAUGUUUUCUAUUUCCUCUGCUGUUCUUCAAUCCAUACACGGUACAUUUCACUGUAGCAGCUUAGCUCCAUAUGUUUCAUAUUGUACUAUCUUACCUACAUCCUGGAAACACUCCUGAGCACUUAUAUGAGACUUACGUCUACCCUAAACCAAAACUUCCUAAGGCUUGGACUCACAACCAAGCUCCACUCCAAAGGCACUUGUCUGAACCUUCAUUGUAGCUUUGUACUGGAACGUACACAGCACGUGAGAACAUGUACAGCAUUACACAACGCUCAAAUAAAUGUCAACCCUGAGAAAAAUGUUACCGUAAAAGCGUAGCGCAGUGUAAUAAAGCAUAGUAAAAGUAUGGUAAAUCAUACAUAAGCAUUGUCAAGCCCAGAGAGGUAUGGUAAAGCAUAUAUAAAAUACAAAUAAAAACAUGACAAUGGUAAAUGCAAGGGUUGCCCUGGUAAACUUUUAUAAGGGACUUCCUGUUGUAUUUUUAUUGUGCUAAUUCUGCAUUUCUACAGGUGUGCACCAUGAAAACAGGGUUACAAAGCACAGCAGUCUUAUCGUGCCAGUUUAGUUUAAUAUUAACCUGUUCAGUCCUGCUUAUCUUAGCCCCAUGUGUUAACAUAUGCCUUCGGAAAUCACGUUGGAACCUCACGGAACUCCUAGGUCCCAGUCUGAGGUCGUGUAGAAAUAUGUGUAAAAAAAAAAAAAAAAAAAAGUGUCCUGUUCUGAUGUGUACUCAAUCAAGGAGUUUAUUCUUCAGCUCGACAAAAAACAAUUCAGGACUGAAAGGGUUAACAUGACAUGAAAUAAGACCCCAUGUUCUGUUCUGUUUCAUGUCUGACCAGUGCAAAUAAACCUCUAUACGGUACUAUCAAAUAUACUGGCAAACUGAAUUUUACAAUCAUACAGAACACACUGGUCUUGCCUUGUUUAACAGGUUAAAAAACACCUCUUUAUUACUCUGUAACAAACUUCUUGUCCUAUGUAAAGUAUUUGUGGUGUGUUUUUUUUAAUUAUUUUUUAUACUUUACAAUGUAAGUUGGUUUUUUUCCAUCUUCUACUUCACUGCAAUUCAGUUGGUAAGCAUUAGUAUUGAUUUGAAGUUUGGUGUGUUGGAACAGUAUGCGAAGUUAUGUCUAUAUGUUGUUUUGAGUUUGGUUAUUCGUAAGUGACAAUGAACAAUGAAGACUUGACACUUGAAUUAAUCCCAAAUUAAAGGUUACCGGUAUGUUUUUAAAGAAAAUGUGAGCACUAUUCUUAAAAAAAAAAAAAAAAAACUAUUCACAAAGCUUUAGCUCAAGCCAAGCUAAACAGAGCACUGUUACUCUUGCUGUGCCACAGUGUAAAUUGUAACUUUACAUCGCUCUGCUAAAUCUCUGGUUUACAGCCGUACUGAGAGAGCUGACGGCUCUCUUAAAGUGCUUUUAACACCAGGAUCUGAUGACUGAAACAGGAAAAUGAUACACCAAGUGAUUCUAAAAAUAAACAAAAAAAAAACCCAGAAUGCAUUGGUAUUGGUCAAAACUGUGAAAUCUCAUACCCAUACCAAGAGGGUCUUUAACAGCAAUUGACAAGUUGAAUGCGUACAAAACUCGAGUUAAAUCUGAAUUAAACCCGGUGUUUUAAAGAGCUCCGUGACGAACACAAACUUGUAAGGGAAUUUAAUCGUGUCUCCAGAGCCGUACAGCAAGUAACAAGAGACUUGCGUUCAGUUUGCUUUUUGCUGUACCAGGCGUCGGAGAGGGCAAACGCUACCUGGACUUUAUUACAAGUAAGACAUAUUGAAGCAUUUUAACAUUAUGUCGUUUAUUUCACUGCCUUUUACCACGGUCUUCAUUGUUCAUGAAACUUUCAAUCCUGUCUGUCAGCAAGAAUCAUCUGUUACGUGGUAUAAAUAUACACCCCACAACUCUGUCACUAUUACCAAUUUUUUGUAAUAAUGAAUUGUCUUUUAUUUUUAAGUUUCUGUUUGUGAAGCACAGCCUACGUAGGUCAACACGUUUGAUACAUUACAAAACAGUGUCUAUUUCUUUAAAUGCGUUUUGAUAUGAAUUUUAAAUGAGAAUCAGAUUCUCGAUUUGGAUGCAAAACUAUUUUUUUAUGAUUUAGAGGUCUUUAAGAAAAAAAAGGUGUAUAAAUAUAGAGUUGUAUUUAUAAAAUAAUAAUAAAAAAAAGCCUAUAUGUAAAGAACUGGACUAUAAUGCAGUUUUAGCUGUCAGCAUGUGCUAUAGGUUAUGAGAUUGAUCCCAGCUCCAGUCUCACAACAUCACCACCUGCAUUGUUUGUAAAUACUAUAUGUAGUCGCUGUAAAUAUUAAUGCAUAUCGGCUUUUCUAUUGGGAGUGUUAAGUGUAUGUUUACUUGUAAUAAACAAUUUACCAAA